GCGGCGGUUUCCAUGGUGACGGCAAACAAGGCCCACACUGGACAGGGCCGCAGCUGGGCUGCUACUCUCGCCGCCGCCAUGAUUCCCCCCGCAGACUCUUUGCUCAAGUACGACACCCCGGUGCUGGUGAGCCGGAACACGGAGAAACGGAGCCCCAAGGCUCGGCUACUGAAAGUCAGCCCCCAGCAGCCUGGACCUUCAGGUUCAGCCCCACAGCUACCCAAGACCAAGCUCCCCUCAAAUCCCUGUGUCCCAGAUCCUACAAAGCAGGCAGAAGAAAUCUUGAAUGCCAUACUACCCCCAAGGGAGUGGGUGGAAGACACGCAGCUAUGGAUCCAGCAGGUGUCCAGCACCCCUAGCACCAGGAUGGACGUGGUGCACCUCCAGGAGCAGUUAGACUUAAAGCUGCAGCAGCGGCAGGCCAGGGAAACAGGCAUCUGCCCUGUCCGCAGGGAACUCUACUCACAGUGUUUUGAUGAGUUGAUCCGGGAGGUCACCGUCAACUGUGCGGAGAGGGGGCUGCUGCUGCUGCGAGUCCGGGACGAGAUCCGCAUGACCAUCGCUGCCUACCAGACCCUGUACGAAAGCAGCGUGGCGUUUGGCAUGAGGAAGGCGCUGCAGGCUGAGCAGGGGAAGGCAGACAUGGAGAGGAAAAUUGCAGAAUUGGAGACGGAAAAGAGAGACCUGGAGAGGCAAGUGAAUGAGCAGAAGGCAAAAUGUGAAGCCACUGAGAAGCGGGAGAGCGAGAGGCGGCAGGUGGAGGAGAAGAAGCACAAUGAGGAGAUUCAGUUCCUAAAGCGAACAAAUCAGCAGCUGAAGGCCCAACUGGAAGGCAUUAUUGCACCAAGGAAGUGAUAAUUUCCACAUGAUUAAUUUCCAACAAGACACUUGAGAGUUAUUUACUGUGUUCCUCUGGCAGCCAAUAAAAUCAUCAUAAGCCCUUUGUAAUAAAAAGCUGGUUUCCUGAGUGAACAAGCCAUACCCUCCCCUAAACACCACCUAGGUAUUUGUCAGAAGUCACACUGUUACUGCAAUGUCCUCAAACACCUAAGGUCUGCCAGCCAGGCUGCUGGCUGGGCAAUGGAAGAUGGUGUGGCCCUGUUAGUCUCAGUAUGUGGCUUACUAGCCAGCCUUGGGAACUGCCAGCUCAAAUUCUAAGAAAGCCACUGCUUUCUCAUCAUCACUCUAUACCAAUACUUAAUUCUGGCCAAAUGAAUCUGCUUCUCUGCCCCUCAAACCUUUAGUUCACAAUUCAUCUUCUACCUUAACUCGGGCUUCUUGGGUCUCUGGCCUUCCUUACUUAAUGUCUUCUUUUCCCUACUCUAAUGCAUUUCUAACUCACUUUGGAGCUUUAGUUUUCUAAUGUAUUAUCCCCACUUGCCAGUCAACUGGACCCCUUCCUCCUCGGUUUCAGACUGCCUACGUUAGGAAACAAUGGCAGAGUCAAACCCAUGGCUUUGGAGAAAGUAAAUGUUUGCCAGAAAGGAAUACUAGUCACAGUGGCCUUUGCGAGUUGUCCGCAACUCAGCUCUUCCCCCAGCACAGAUCUGUUCCCCUUAUCCUGCAGAAAAUCAAGCCCUGACUCUGCCCUCCCCUAAGUAGUGAUGUUAAUUAACAACUGAAGACGUAACCAAAUCUCACAUGCAGGUCUAAUGACUAAUGAUUGGAGUACAGCUGCUAGACAACUGCAUUUUAGUAUUCCUCUUCCACUCUCCUGGUUUUGUAGACCCAGAAGAUUGAAUGAGUGACAUAAAUCUUCAGUUUGGGGCAAGCCAGGGUGGGCUGGGGUGGUAAGCUGGAAGACUUCCAUCCUUCAGUCAGGCUGCACAAGUAACAUUACCUAAAACGCACUAACAUGCUCAGGUUCCCCAGAAAGAGGUGUGAGAAGGGACUCUCCUUAGCAGAGCUUCCGCCUGCCAUCUGUCGGGUUCAGUGAGCUUCAAGGCUCACAAUGGAAGCACUGUCGUUCCCCCAGAAAAGCUGUGUUCCCCAUGCUGAACACACCAUACACAUUCUCAUCUGGAAUCUAAGGGGCAGCUUUUACCCUGAUCCAGUAUCCUGAGGAAUUUUAAGGCUCCACUCAAAUGACCUGCCUGUGUUGUCAUUUCCAUGGGAAAGAACUCUUUCCACGAGAUCUGCUAGUUCCAGGCCUCUUAAGACAGGAAGGUAUAUGCCAUAAGCGGGUCCACUUCAGACUCAAUGAGGCAGAAAUUACUGUAGUUUUCUAUUUCUUCCACGCCCAACCUUCUCCUUGUAUUUCCAAGCCCAGGCCAUGUACACUAAUGUCCUUGAAAUUUGCAGUUCUGUAUGCUUCUAUUCCAAAUCAUUCAUUACCAAUAAAAAAGUACCACCCUUUCCAUUUUAUAGACCUCAUCCCCUAUUUCUGUCAGACAGAACUUCUUAGUUCAUCCACAGUCUACCUGAAGUGCUAGACUUUCACUCUUAUCACUGAAAUCCUUAAGGUUGAGGACGCUUCAUUUCCCUAGCACUGGUGAAGGGCUUCAACUGCCAAACAGAACAAAUGCAUUAUGGCCUUAGAAAUGCCAACGGGGCAGGAAGAAAACACAAUUUCUAACUGCAUGUUUUUGUAUAAUUUAAUAAAAACCUUUUAAACAUUA